UUGGCAGAGCGCCUGGGAGCCGCCUAUGUGGCAGGAGCGGCUCUGUCAAAUGCGAGGUUCCUUUAACCAGAGCGACCAGUCCGGCUCCGGGAGUCAUGGCGACCGCAGCGUCUAACCACUACAGCAUCCUCACCUCCAGCGCAUCCAUCGUGCACUCGGAGCCCGGCAGCAUGCAGCAAGCCACGGCGUACCGGGACGCGCAGAGCCUGUUGCAGGGCGACUACCCGCUGCAAAGCAACAGCCACACGCUCAGCCACGCGCACCAGUGGAUCACGGCGCUGUCCCAGCACGGAGACGCGGCCCCGUGGGCGACCAGCGCGCUGGCCGCGGAGCAGGACAUCAAGCCCUCCGUGCAGGGCGCCAGGGACGACAGCAUGCACAGCUCCAGCAACAACCUGCAGCAGCAGCAGCAGCAGCACCAGCCGCGGCCGCCGCCGCACCUGCAGGUGCACCAGACGCACGGGAACCACCACGACGCGCGGGCGUGGAGGACGACCACGGCGCACAUCAACGGCCAGAGCCUCGUCUACUCGCAGCCGGGCUUCGUCGGCGUGAACGGGCUGCUGGCCGGCGGGCCGGGGGGGCCGGGGGGGCUGCAGCACCACCACAGCAGCCUGCAGCGGGACGAGGAGCACCACAGCCCGCACCUGAGCGAGCACGGACACCCGGCGCAGACCCAGCAGCACCAGCAGCAGCACCAGCACCGCGGACAGAGCCACCACCACGACCACUCGGACGAGGACACGCCGACCUCCGACGACCUGGAGCAGUUCGCCAAGCAGUUCAAGCAGCGCCGGAUCAAGCUGGGCUUCACGCAGGCGGACGUGGGGCUCGCCCUGGGGACCCUGUACGGAAAUGUCUUUUCCCAGACCACGAUAUGCAGGUUCGAGGCCCUGCAGCUCAGCUUCAAGAACAUGUGCAAGCUGAAGCCUCUGUUGAACAAGUGGCUGGAGGAGGCGGACUCCACGUCGGGCAGCCCCACCAGCCUGGACAAGAUAGCGGCGCAGGGGAGGAAACGGAAAAAACGGACCUCCAUCGAGGUGAGCGUAAAGGGAGCUCUGGAGAGCCAUUUUUUGAAGUGCCCUAAGCCGGCGGCGUCGGAAAUAAUCGGCCUGGCGGACAGUCUACACCUGGAAAAAGAAGUGGUGCGGGUUUGGUUUUGUAACAGGAGACAGAAGGAGAAGCGCAUGACGCCCCCCGGAGGAGCGCUGCCGGGCGGGGAGGACGUGUACGGGGACACGCCGCCGCACCACGGGGUCCAGACGCCGGUCCAGUGAAACCCCAUGCCGCCUGGCUUAUCCUCCUUUAUUUAUCCCCAAGGUUAUAUAUAAAUCACUGGACUAUGAGACACAGAUCUAGUGAGUGUUUUAUGUAUAAUAGAUUGCAGUGAGUACUAACGCAACAUCUGCAGUGAAUAUCCGAAUAAACGGAACAUGAGGAAAGGGGAGUACGGGACAUUUUUCUGAAGGAACAGAAGCCUGUUUGUGUUCUCCGAGGAUACAAGCCCAGCACUGUGACCCCCCCCCUAUACCCCCUCUCCAGUCGACGCGGUUUUAAGGUGUAGCCCCCCUAUUGUGUGCUGAAAUUACACUUGACGUGGAAAAGAAGAGCGUUAGGGGAAGUAAGGUGUCAAUUCGCCACUUUUAUAUCAAAUCCAACAUUUUGAUUUUGUUUUAUUUUAUUUUGUCGCAACAAAAAAAGGCGUUAGAGUUGAUGUCCAGCGGUGAUGGAUGAGUGAGUGUCAGUGGGGACCAGAGCGAGGCUGGAGCCCCGUCCAGUCCGGCCGAGCAGCGGCUCAGUCCCGUUAGUCUGGUCCAGGCCCUCCGGUCCUGUUAUCCUCUGAGGACUGAUGGCCUUUAUUUAUGAACUAUUAUUAUUAUUAUCAUUAUUAUUAUUAUCAUCAUUAUUAUUAUUAUUAUUACACGUGAAGCGCGUGGUUGAUAAAUCCGCUGCUCCAUAAACAGAAAGUCUAUUUUUCACACAGCAGCAGUUUAAUAAUGAUCUCCUGCUCCAGGAGGGAUCCGCGCCGACUGAUUGGACUACAUGGCACUUUCCCACAACAAAGAUGGGCUCGAGAUUGUCUCUACAAAAUAAGAUGGCAGCAGCUCCCUCAGAACAUUUUGGAUCCACUUGUGUAAAUACUGUAUAAUUUGAAAAGUCACUCAUUCAUACUUCUUUUUAAUUUGCUAUCUUCACUGGAGCACUUUUUGUUUUCUUUUGGACUGGUGUUUUCUACAAUAAGCAGGUUAUGUUUCUGAAUCCAGCCUCCACGAUUAUCCGGCCCAUUGCGUUGUAUUUAUGUGCUUUUGUUGCAAUGAGGGGAAUUUUUUUCUGCAGCGUUUUUUUUUUCUUCAUUUCUUUUCCUCAUAUUCAAAUCAGUUGAAUUUGUCUAAAAUUUCGACUUUUUUUUAUCCUUCCAGCGUCUGCCCUGAAACGAUUGUUUUCCCAAACAAAAACGGCUGCUUUAAAGACUCAUUUCAGACCAAUUGAUGAUGUAGAGAAUUAUCCAGAAAUAUCCAGAAAUGUCUAUUGAUUAAUGUUUUUGUUGCGAGAAAUAAUAAUAAUGAUACGGCCUUUAUAUUCUUUUUUUCUGAAAAACAUUUAAGUUACGUUCCCAAAAAUAACAGCAUCAGAUCAAAAUUAUUAUUAUUCAUGUUAUUAUUAUAAUUAUCAUUAUCAUUAAUUAUCAUUAUUAUUAUUAUCAUUAUUAUUAUUAUCUCGUCGUUGCUUUUAAUUUCAGCCAUUUUACUUCAUCCGUGUUGCUUUAUUGUGGAGGGAAGUUGCUCGUAGAAAAUGUUAUUUUAUUUCCAGGGUUUUCUUGAUGAGAUUGUAAUUUAUUCUGUAAUGAUUUUUAUAGAUGGGACAAAGGGCGAGAAGAUAUAAAUAUAUGUGAAAUGAGACCGAGGGAGGCUUUUGUGUUGUAGGGAGAAAAGGGAAAGCGAGAUAUGUUUUAUUUCGCUGCAGCGGGAUUGCCACAGCUUGGAGAGUCACAGCUAGAUGUACAUAAGCUGUACGUGUUUUAUCAGCACAGUAGCUUUCUUUUUGUUUUAUGCAAAGAUACAUAUCCAGGGAUUUGUUUCUUUCCCUCCGUCCCCACGUCCCCCUUCUGCUUUAUGUUUCUCUUACAAAGAAAACGACCAUCAUCUCUAAAAUUUUCCUCGGUAGCUUUAAUGACUCGAUGAGAAUUUACUGGAAGUUCAAGUUGUGGGAUGUAGACUUGUAGCAAUCCAGCUCUGUUUUUUUUUCUUUUUCUUUUCUUUUUUUUUGUUAAUUGCCUGUUUAUGUUUCGGGGGCGGGUGUAGGCUUUGUCAUCUUCACUGGAUGAACUUGGGGUAGAUUUAAGCAGAGGUGAUAAACGCCUGCAGGGUUUCAUCACUUGACCACAUGAACAACGGACUUGCACAUUUUUCAAUA